GAUGACAGAGAUAGUGUGCUGGACAAGCCGGGAAUGAUCGACCAUGAUACCUAUGAAGGUAGUACUGAAAUUCCAUCCAGCAGUUCCAUCAGAAAUAUUUCUCCCAGAAAAAGAUCAAGACCAGUAACCAAAAUACACCCCACUGAAAACAAAGCUCAACACUACCAGAUUGGUAUUACAAUCACUGAGGCACGACAGCUGGCUGGGGACAAUAUCGAUCCACAUGUUAUCAUUGAGGUUGGGGAAGAGAAAAAGCAAACAUCAGUGAAAGAGUCAACAAAUUCUCCUUUUUACAAUGAGUAUUUUGUGUUUGAUUACAUUGGCCCAACAGAAAUAUUAUUUGACAGAAUCAUUAAACUUUCAGUUUGGCAUUCCAAACUGAUCCGUGGAACACUGAUCGGAACAUUUAAACUGGAUGUGGGAACAGUUUACAAUGAACCAGGCCAUCAGUUCUGUGACAAGUGGGCACCUCUUACUGAUCCUAGUGAUAUAAAAACUGGAGUGAAAGGCUACCUUAAAUGUGACAUCUGUGUCACUGGGAAAGGUGACAGUGCACCACCUCCUCCGAAAACUACUGAAUCCGUUGAAGAAGAAAUUGAAAAGAAUUUACUUAUUCCAGUUGGAUUUCCAAUUGAGAGACCAUGGGCAAGGUUUAUUGUGAAGAUUUACAAAGCUCAGGGACUGCCGAAGAUGAAUUCUAGCCUUGUGGCAAAUGUAACAAAAGCACUCAUGGGAGACAACAAGGAUUUUGUGGAUCCAUAUGUCAUUGUCACCUUUUCUGGUCAAAGGGGCCGAACAUCUGUACAGAAAAGCUGUGCUGACCCUGUCUGGAGUGAGCAGAUCAUUUUCAAAGAAAUGUUUCCACCACUUUGUCGACGAGUCAAAAUUCAGGUUUGGGAUGAAGGAAAUGUUAAUGAUGUUGCCAUAGGAACUCAUUACAUUGACUUGAAGAAAAUAUCAAAUGAACAGGAUGGAGAUAAAGGUUUUUUGCCAACUUUUGGACCAGCAUGGAUCAAUCUGUAUGGUUCUACUCGCAAUUAUACCCUACUGGACGAUUACCAGGAGCUCAACGAAGGUUUUGGAGAAGGAGUAUCAUACAGGGGCCGGCUCCUGAUUGAAAUCGCAGUGGAAAUUCUGUCAGCGGGUGCAAUAGAUUCCAAAGUCUCUAAGCUUACAAAGGAGUUGAAGAAUGUACCAAAAGAUACGUCUGAAGAAUCCAAAUCCUCUAAUUCUUCUAAUAAGACAAAUUCUACUGAAGUUGAAGUGGAAUCAAUAGAGCCAUCUUCUUGGUCUGAUGAAGAAACUGUCCAGGAUUUUCUUCUGUUUGGUACAAUAUUUGAGGCAACAAUGAUUGAUAGGAAAAUUGGUGACAAACCAAUCAGCUUUGAGGUGUCGUUAGGGAAUUAUGGAAAUGUCAUAGACAGAGUUUCUCCAUCCAGUCCAACCAAAAGGCGACCACCAGUGGUGAAUGAGGGUGAAACUGUAUCUCUGUUGAAUGGCAGUGGGCCAGGUGAUAUGUCUCAGUCCGACAAAUCAAUGAGCACCCCUGAGAAACCAUUGCUAACUGAAGGCAACAGAUGUUACUAUUAUUUGCCAUUUAAUAACAAGAAACCAUGCAUCUAUGUCAAGAGUCACUGGGAGAACCAAAUCUUUCGGCUACACAAUUCUAACGUCCUGGACAAAAUUGCUGACAGGCUUGAAGAAGGUUUGAAAGAAAUCAAAGAAUACAUGAAGGUUUCUGACUCUAGAGUGAAUGAGAAGAUGAAAGCUAUUCUGUGGGAAUUUAUAGUCAGAUGCAGAAAUUUUGCCAGCUUUACUGAAAAGGAAAUGGAAGGCGUUGAACAAACGGCCCUUGACAAGAAACGCUUCAGUACCAGCAGGAUGGAACUGGAACAGAUAAGCAAUGAAGCAAGGGCAAUGAUUCAGGAGAAGAAGAUGAUGUCAAUGAAUGAAUCACUGCGUGAAAUUCAGAACUGGAUGCAAAAGUUACGAUUUCUUGCGGAUGAGCCACAACAUACGAUCCCAGAUGUAUUCAUUUGGAUGCUCAGUGGCAACAAGAGAAUUGCAUAUGCGCGGAUUCAAGCGAAGGACAUCCUGUAUUCUGAGAAAAACAAUGAGAAGGGGAAAAACUGUGGGAAGAUCCAGUCUCUAUUUCUUAAGCUGCCAGGAAGGCAUGUAAUAGGAUGGCCUGUACAAGCAAAAGUGGAUAUUAACCUAUGGUUAGGUACAACCAGAUACAUGGAUGCUAUUCUGGAAAACCUGCCCUGUGGAUUUGAUCUGGAAAUGCCAACCAAAAACAAUGCUGCAUUUCGGAUUUCCCCACCUCUCAAUAUUAUUUAUAAAGACCAUCAUAUGUUUCAGCUAAGGUGCCAUAUGUACCAAGCAAGAGGUCUUCUGGCUGCUGACAAUACUGGUCUUUCAGAUCCUUUUGCUAAAGUGACUUUCAUUUCACAUUGUCAGACUACUAAGGUUAUUACUCAGACCUUGUCCCCAACAUGGAACCACAUGCUCUUGUUCAAUAAUAUCCCUCUAUAUGGUGAAGCAAUGGAAAUAAGUGAGGCUCCCCCACUCGUGGUGAUUGAAGUUUAUGAUGACGAUGCUGUCGGUAAAGCAGAAUACAUUGGUAGCACUGUGGUUGUUCCGGUUGUGAGGCUGGGCGGACAAGAUUACGUCCCCCCUGAACUUCAAUAUCACCCCAUGUACUGUGGCAGUGUACCUGCUGGGGAGCUCCUUGUAGCCUUUGAACUCCUGCAGAUUCCGGAUUCAGGAGUUGAAGACCUUCCACCUAUUGACGAACUGGAUGGAAAUCAGAUCUUGCCAGUGCCAGUCAACAUCCGUCCUGUACUAAGAAACUACAGGGUGGAGGUGUUUUUUUGGGGUCUCCGUGAGCUCAAACGGGUGCAGCUCCUGACUGUGGACCGGCCGCAGGUUUUCAUUGAAUAUGCAGGGAAAGGAAUCAAAUCUUCUGUCAUUCAGAGUUACAAGAGAAGUCCGAACUUUACCGUUCAGGGAGACUGGUUCAUUGUUGAAUUACCUGACAAUGAAUAUCUUCACCCCCCACUCCGUAUCUCCGUCGUUGACUGGAGAGCAUUUGGCCGCAGUACUCUUGUUGGGACGCAUACCAUCAACUCACUGAAGCAGUACAUCCACAGACCUCGUGAACAUCGUCAACCAGCACGUAGACCAACACCGGAUAUAACUGAUGUAUCUUGUGCUGGACGACAAACACAGGAAAAUGAAGUCUAUAUAAACAUGAGUCCUGAUGCACCAUCUGAACAAAUGCCGGCAGUAGCUUUCCCAAAACAAAUGAAAAGGAAGUUAUCACGAAGGUUCACAUCAAGAAGGAAGCCAUCUGUCAUUCAAGACAGUGAGAAUGUCAUAGACUGGUGGUCUAAGUAUUACUCUUCUGUGGCAAAGGCCCAAAAUGCAAAAUUGAAAGAUACAAGUAGCAAUCUGCAUGCUGAAGGAUACAAAAAUGGUGGUGAAGAUGAUGAGAAGAGAAAAAGAAUUGUUGAAAAGACAACAUCGCAAAAGCCUGAAAUUGCAACUUUUGAGGUGUACGACAAAGAGUUAGAAGAUGAAUUUGAACACUUCAGCGAUUGGGUGCAAACAUUUGAUCUCUUUCGCGGCAAAGCAAGUGAAGAUGACUCCAGUCUAGAUGAUGAAAGAAUUGUUGGAAAAUUUAAGGGAUCAUUCCACGUGUGGAAAUGUGUUGACAAUUAUGAUACAGAUGAACAAUGUAAAAUUUUACAUGGAAUGCCGUCAAACACCCCAGUCAAAGUAUUAAUUAGAGUCUACAUUGUUGCAGCAACUAACCUCCACCCUGCUGACCCUGAUGGAAAGGCUGAUCCUUACAUUGUUCUACAACUUGGAAAGACUGAAAUUAAGGAUCGUGAUAAUUACAUCCCCAAACAGCUUAAUCCACUAUUUGGAAGAUCCUAUGAGAUUGAGGCUACGUUCCCGAUGGAAUCUCUGCUCACGAUAACAAUCUAUGACUUUGAUUUGGUUGGAACAGAUGAUUUGAUUGGAUCAACUAAGAUUGAUCUGGAGAACCGCUUUUACAGCAAGUACAGAGCUACCUGCGGGCUACCAUACAAAUAUGAGAUAGAAGGCUACAAUGCCUGGCGUGAUGCAAUGAAACCAACUGAAAUCCUGAGCAGAAUAUGUAAGGAACACCAUCUCCAUGGACCCCACUUCAGAUCGGGAGAGAUUGAGGUGGAAGGCAAAGUCUUUGCGGGCAAAACAAUCUUUAUGGAAGACGGUGAGGAGGUGAUAUCACAUGAACACUUGGCUUUAAAGGUGUUACAUCAUUGGUCAGAAAUUCCUGGGGUUGGAUAUAAAUUGGUUCCUGAGCACAUUGAAACACGACCCCUCUACCAUUUGGACAAACCAGGCAUGGAACAGGGCCGUAUCCAGAUGUGGGUGGACAUGUUUCCAAUGGACAUGCCUCCUCCUGGUCCUGCUGUUGACAUAUCACCUCGUAAACCAAAAAGGUACGAACUACGAAUAAUUAUCUGGAAUACAGAAGAUGUUGUCUUAGAAGAUGAGAAUUUUAUUACUGGUCAAAAAUCAAGCGAUAUCUACAUCAAGGGCUGGCUAAAGGGAAAAGAAGAUGAUAAGAAGGAAACAGAUGUGCAUUACAACUCCUUGACUGGGGAGGGAAACUUCAAUUGGCGUUUUAUCUUUCCUUUCAACUACAUACCUGCGGAGAAACAGAUGGUUAUAAGCAAAAGGGAGUCAAUUUUUUCUCUGGAUAAGACAGAACAUAAAGUCCCUGCAAUCCUAGUACUUCAAGUCUGGGAUUUUGAAAGGCUUUCUUCUGACGACUUCUUAGGGUCAGUUGAACUUGAUCUGAAUGGAUUUCCUCGUGGUGCCAAGUCAGCUAAGAAAUGUGGCUUGGAUAUGAUCGAAGAGAAUUCUAAGGCUAAGCUCAUCUCAAUAUUUCAGCAGAAGCGACUGCGAGGUUGGUGGCCUUUAGAAAAGUCAGGUGAACUCACUGGCAAGGUUGAAGCUGAAUUCCACCUGCUUACUGGUGAGGAGGCUGAGAGGAAUCCAGUUGGCUCUGGUCGCAAAGAGCCGGAACCAUUGGAAAAACCCAACCGCCCUGAUACCUCCUUCUCUUGGUUUGUAAACCCUUUCAAGUGUCUCUACUAUCUGAUCUGGAGGAACUACAAGAAGUACAUAAUAAUUGGACUAAUUUUGAUAAUCCUCACAUUAUUUAUUGUGUUAUUGAUCUAUACAUUGCCUAGUGCAAUAAGUACAAGGAUAAUAAAUGGAUGA